CAAACAUAAAAUCAUGUUCUGGAAAAGGAAGAUCACAAUUAUCCUCGCAAAUCAUCAAACUUUCAAUCAGCUCUUCAUCAUACUCAUCAAAAAUUGAUAAAGAAUCUGAAAAAUCUUUUAGAUCUUCAAGGUUGUUUUCAGAUUUACCUUUCAAUUUUUCAUUGAUGAAUAAGGAUGGCUUAGCUACAGGUGCACGUGUGGUUUUGCUCUUCUUUUGGAUCUUACUGAUGUCCUUGAGGGCUUUCACCACACCCUCCACAAGGUUGUCACAAAACUCAUUGACUUCAAACUGACUGAAAAGCUUUCUUUGGUCAACUUCAAACAUCUUAACCUGGAAAUUCUUAACACAAAAGGUUAACAGAUAAAAAUAAUCCUCACACUCUCAAGUGUUUAUCCUCACACACACACGUGUUUCUCUCGAAUUUUAAUGGUCACACAAGAGUUUCCUCUCAAAGUUCUAAGAGAACAAAUCAAGUAACCCAAUGGAAUCUCCAAGCAACAAGGGAUGAACACAAGAUAGAAAGAUAAGAGAACUGAUUUGUGAAAUCCGUAUUAACCACUCCAAGGCUGGAUUUCUCCUCAGCCAGCAGGAUUUCUCUUCCACACCUAGCCAACAAACAAACUUUUGUUUUUUUUUUUAUAUAUCUUUUUUUUUAUAGAACAAUGGCGAUAGGUAAAGUAGUGGCCCGGAUUUAAGAUAGAAAGAAUAGUGUUUAGAAAAUGAAAGAUGAGAAGAUGGAUAGAUAGUACCGAAUGAGUGGCUCUGAUACCACUUGAUACACCCUAAAUAGGGAAGGAUCACUCAAUCGGACUAAGGGGAUAUGAACUCGCCAAAAUGGAGAACUGGUGGAUUGAACGGUGACACAAGAGGUGCAGAAAGUCUCUUGAUACUACCAGACUUUAGUUGUUGCUUGAUAUGACGCACAAGUCCAACAAAAGAAGGGUUUAUAUACGUUGCUUGAUAUGACGCACAGGUCCAACGAAAUAGAGAUUUGUUUACUCGGAGAUAACCUCACCAAAAAACGAAAAGUGUUCUACAAAGAACAAAGAGAUAAACUCAAAUAAAAGGGAAAAUGAAUACUUUAUUUCAUGGCUCAUAGGCUCUAUUUAUAGGAUUACAAGUUGUAGAAAUCCAAAGAAGAAUGUGCUAAAACCAAGACAUUGAAAAUAGAAACAAAGACUUGACUAAAUAAAGUCUUUGACUGAAACUUGGACUGCCUCUUGAUAUAGCCACGACCAGGACUUUGAAAAGUGAAGAAUAUGCUCCUGAUAUGGGCCAAGGCAUGUCUCUUUAAGGCCUGAUCGAAAUCCAUCUUUUUUUCUUAGCCAAUUUUUAUCGGUUUCUCCAUUUGGCCCAAACAAGUCUGUUUUUGAUUCUUUUUUGUAAACCAUCAAGCCCAAGACUUUCUUGGACAUUUAGAACAUGAAUAAUCACCUUUGGCAUGAUUUAAUUGGUCGUUGGUUCAUCAGAAAGAAGGUUAGCCAUUUCCAGCUUCUCGGGUGGUCUGAAUUAGCGAGAACUGAAGAUCACCUGAUUUGUAAAUGGCAUAACUGUCACAUAUGAACUCCGUUUGAUCUGAUUCUUCUUCGAGGAGAUCUGUAAUUGAGUUGAGAACAUUCUCCAAGUUAUUUCAUUCAUAGAAGCCUCGUGGUUUGGAAGAUAUGAGUCAAACAAUGAACAUAUAUUUUUACUGCUUCCUAUGAUCAAGUCAUGCAUGUAUGUUUUGCCCGGUGCGCUACCUAAGGGCACAUCAACUGAGUUCGAAUGCUUCUUUCAAACUAUUCUCGUUUAUUUUACUAAUCUUUGUUUUUAUGUUUUAUUUAAAAAUAUAUGUUUAAAAUGUUAUGUUUAAUAAUUUUAUCAAUAAAUUUUAAGGUUAAUAAAAUAGUGUUUUAUUUUUUUAUAAAAACCCUAAAGUAAGACUUGUGAUAGACACACAAAUUUUCCGGUCUCUUACCUGAAUUUCUUAAAUUCACUUUUCCAUUUUAAAAAUAUUAAAAAAAGAUUAGGAACCCCCGAGUGUCUCUUAGGAUAGCGAUGCUCUUAUCUCCUACCCAAAAAGGAAAGUUCUAAAUUAAAGUAAAUGGGGCAUGUGAUGAUAUGUCUCUCUCACGUGUGGGGUUAAUGAGAUGAUAAAUAUAUAUAUUACCCAUGGGAAGAGAAGAAGUAAAAAAAAAAAAAAGCGAAAACUUUUGUUUCUUUAAUUUUUGCUAGGGGUGAGAUGAGUGUUGGUUGCUAAUUUUGUGUUACUGGGAUCAUCAAGAGAUUUACAAACUUGAUUUUUUUUUUCCUUUUUCAAUUUGAGUUUUUAUAGUCUUUUUUUAACACUUACAACAGUAGUAGCCAGCUGAUGAGUUCCUGGUAAGGAGUGACUAUGGCAACUUAUUACAAAGUAGUGGCUCAAGUGACAUUUAUUCCAGGCCAAUUGCAUCUGACUUUGUCCCUGGAAAAGCAAUGAUCUACACAAAUCCUGCGGUUUCUUACCCAGAGACGUUUCCUGGAGAAGCUAACUAUGUCUCAGCUUCAAAAAAAAAAAAAAAAAAAAAAAAAAACUAUGUCUCAGCUUCAAAAGAUGUUCAAGUAUUGUCAAGUUUUGGUGGAGGAGCUUCACAAAUGUUUGAGAUUCAAGAUUCUGGUUCUUGGAGAGAUCAAAAAGACAAUGACAGGAACUGCUUCUCGGUUAUGAUGCGUCCUACCACAGAACAGGGACUAUCCCUUGGCCUCAGCUCACAGACUGAGACAAUGAGAGGAAAUAAUAACGAGUAUGCAACACAGGUUGUUUCCGGGUUUACUCGAACCAUUCACAACUCAAAGUAUCUCAACGCUGCUCAAGAGCUUCUCGAUGAAGCUAUUAAUGGUAAGAAAGCUCUGAAGCAAUUUCAGCCAGAGGGAGAAACGAUUAAUGAAGAGAAAGAGUAUAAGCUUGAAGAAUCAAACAGGAAUCCUGAUAUACCUCAAGGAGAGAGACAAGAAUUGCAGCGCAAGUUGACAAAACUCUUAUCGAUACUAGACGAGGUGGAUAAGAGAUACAAGCAGUAUUACCAUCAAAUGCAGAUAGUUGUGUCAUCUUUCGAUGUAAUAGCCGGAUGUGGAGCAGCUAAACCAUACACGGCCCUUGCGCUCCAGACCAUCUCGAGGCAUUUCCGUUGCGUAAGGGAUGCGAUAUCCGUACAGAUCUUGGUGAUAAGGAAAAGUUUAGGAGGUGAACAUGACGGAUUAGAUCGUAAGUCUCUCUGUCUGAACAGCUACGUUUUUGAAAACUCUGAACUUAGUUAUCCAAAGGAUUCGGACAAGAUCAUGCUAGCUAGACAAACAGGGUUGAGCAGAGGCCAGGUGUCGAACUGGUUCAUUAAUGCGCGAGUGCGUCUCUGGAAACCAAUGGUGGAGGAGAUCUACAAGGAAGAAUUCACAGAUGCAUUGAAGGAGAGUGGUCCCAACUUGUCUUCCAGAAACACACCUGCAACCACCGAGAUUCAAGAACAGCAUCAAAUGGAGUCUAGUUCCAACAAUGUUGUGGCAAGCAGUAGCAUGGGACAGAACAGUGUGGCACAUGCUGGUGACCGGUUCAUGAUGGUGACCGAGAUGACAAGACAUGGUAGUGGUGGGAUGUCUUUAACUUUGGGGAUUAAGAACUCUGACGCUCACAGCGAUGUAUCUAUGUCCGGUGUGAUAAAUAACAAGAAGAAUACCAUUCCUGCAAAUGAUUUUCAGUACUUAAGCUCCGGCAAUCACCAGCACCGGCGUGGCCCUUCACAAUUGUUUCAUGAUUUUGUAGCUUGAUGAAGAAUAACAAUAAAGAGCUGCAGUUAUAAAUUCUCUUGUGAAAGUAAACCAGCAAAUGAAUAUGUAGAUUAGUUAUUACUUGACUAGAUAAUAUAUCAGAAAUAAAAUCGUCAAGAGCCAA